AUGACAGACCCUGGGCCCCGGCCUUACCCGAAAUACUACAGCGCCCUAGUCCCACAGUUCAUUCGUGUAUUUGAGCUCGAGGCGGGUGGGUUCUCCGACCCUAUAGUUGGACGACUAGUCCCGCAGCCAAUCGAUGGAGAGCCAUACGAGGCCAUCUCGUACGUCUGGGGCGACACGCACGACCGACGCAACAUCACCAUACAAGGGAAAACACUCUCCGUCACUGCGAGUCUGCACGCCGCACUGACUGCCUUUCGACACCUUCCCCUGCCCGACAGCGCUUACGGCAGUGACGGAGACGACGAUGCGUCUUCCAGCCGUCCAGAGAUAGGAUCGGCAAAGUCCGUGGUGCAGCAGCGACGGCGACCCGUGCGACGACUAUGGGCCGACGCGGUCUGCAUCAACCAGGAGGACCUGGACGAGCGCACAUCGCAGGUCGAGCUGAUGGGGCGCAUCUUUGCCGGCGCGCACCGCGUGCUGGCCUGGAUGGGCUGGGAAAAGGGCGCUGAGGGUCGUCAGUACACCCGCGACGCCAUCCGCUUCAUCCACGACUUCAUGCAAGACCCCGAGGGCCGCCUGGCUGAGGCGCGCAUUCUGUUACACCACGACCCGACUGAUCCGCACACAGUCGGCGACCCUGCGGAUGGGACGCUCGCGCUGUUGUCGGAGGAGGACCGUUCUCGGUAUCGGGAGCAGGCUCGCUGGUGGAGUGCCCUUAAAUUAUUCUUUGACAUCGAGUACUUCCAUCGAACCUGGAUCGUGCAGGAGCUCGGCCUCGCGCGGGAAGCCAUUGUGUAUACUGCGCUCUGGCCUGCUGCCAAUACAGAAGAGGGCAAGUCUCAGCCGCUGGAGCUGUACUCGGUCGACUGGCCCCUUUUGGGGCGGUUCGUCAAGUUCUUGGACUACAACGCCGCGUCGCUCGUGACCCACCUCGGCAUACUACUCUGGGUGGCACACCACAUUCUGAUGAUUUGGGAGAUCAAAGAGGACGGCACGCCCGCCUGCGAUUUUCUCACCGGUAUGCAUUGGGCGCGCAUCCUUGGCGUGACGGAUCCGCGAGACCGCGUCUACAGCCUGCUCGGUCAUCCACUCGCCGUCAUGGACGGUGUGCCCGUCAUCAAGCCCGAUUACACUGUAACGCGGGGCAUCGUAUACACAAAACUGGCUGCCACCUUUAUCCAAAAGACGAAGAAUCUCUACGUCACUGCCCUAGUCGACCACGAAGAGGACGUUUCUGUUGAGGAGAGAGAUUGGGAUCCCGACGAUGAGAGUAGGAUGCCCAGCUGGGUGCCGGACUGGCAUAGCAUCAACAGGACCACGCCACUGAGCUACUCCGUUGCACCGGCCCAGGAAGAGGACGCCGAAAUCCGUAUUGAAGGUGAAAUACAAGGCACAAAGGGGAUGCCCAUGCCGCAUCUCCUCGUCCGGGGCUGGUUGGUUGACGAGAUAGCCGCCGUGUCGCAUCGCAUGGAGACGGCUGACUUCCCCGUGACUAACCUCGCGCGAGAGCAAGCCAAGAAGAACCCCUUUUGGCUCGACCGCCUGUGGUCUGUCGUUUUCCCCGCCGAAGGUCCCGCGGGUCGCAACGCCCUCGAGGUUCUGGAGUCGCUCUCCCUGGCCCUGCCGCUUGGCACAAGGGAGAAGGACGAGCCGAUGACGACAGCAGGCUCUCAGCAGCCGCUAGCAGAGCAUCGACAGUCAUUCGCAGCGUACGUGCUAGAGUACCACGAGUUACUACGCGCGGUGUCCGAAUCCCGCGGCGGCGGCGACACCAUUAGCUACCUACCAGCCCGGUCGCUACUCGACACCCUGCCGCCCGACGCGCAAGCCGAGAUUCGCCGCCGCGCAGAAGGUGCGACGGGCGAGAGGUUCGUGGAGUGCAUGACAUGGCCUUCCAUGUGUCGGGUCGUGUACCGGACAGCGUCGGGCCUCGUCGGCAUGGGCUCCCGCGUCACGCGUCCGGGCGACCUGGUGUGUCGCGUGCGGGGCUCACCAGCCUUGAUGACGCUGCGUCGCAUUCAGGGUAGCGUAGGGUUUAGUAAUACCGCAACGGUUGAGUCGGACGCUGGAGCGGACGACGAUGUGACUAUCUCUUGCGCACAUGUUGCGCCCACCAUCGUCCCGGAGCGCAUGGUUCGAGGUGUCACGGAUGGUGGGGAGUUUGGCGAGAAACCUGCCAAGUUUCGCAUAAUAUAA